AUGGUGCACCAUCCUGGCCGUGUAUCCAUCAUUGGAGCAGGCACAUUGGGCGGCACAAUAGCCUACAGCCUCCUGCUGACAAACACCGCCAAAGAGAUCUUGCUGGUGGACAUGUCGCACAACAUUGUGCAAGGACAAGUUUUGGAUUUAGCAGAAGUACAGAGCACAACAACUAUUCGGGCAGGCACUUUUAAAGAAGCUGGUCAAUCCACCUUGGUCAUAAUGACAGCAGAUACACCGCCCGGCGACAUGGACAAAGAUCGACAGCAAUGGCUCAAACGAAGUCGACAUUUGUUACUGAGCAUCGCCUCCAGCAUGUCCCCUGUGCAUGCCGAUAUCAUGAUCUUGGUGACCAGCGAUCCAGUGGACUUGUACGUGCAAUCAUUGCAGUCUUAUUUUCCACAUGUAUCUCCAAAUCGCAUCUUUGGAUUAGGCACUGCCAUGGCAACCGAUCGACUUGUUGUUUGGCUGCGAGAAAUGAUGUCCACAACUGCUACUGUUACACCUGCCGAGAUCACAGAUGCUUACUGCAUUGGAACACAGCAUUCACCUGUCAUUGCGUGGCAUCAUGCCAAAGUCGAUGGUAUGCCAGCAUCUACCUUACCCAACCUGCUUGCUCAACGUACUGCUUGCAAUAAAGUAGUAUCCAAUCAUCGACGUUAUUUGAUAUGUGAACGUAAAGGAAAAGCUUGGUUUGGUGAAGCAUCCGCAGCGACUCGACUUGUCCAUGCCAUCAUGAAGACCUCUAUUACUACCACUACUGCUGUAGAUGACGCUACCUCAACAGCAGCAGCAGCAGCAGCCAAGAAUCAAGUGUGGGUACUGUCUGUCAAUGUACCCAAAUACGAGUGCUGCCUCUCCUGGCCUGUGGUCCUGGGCAAUACAGGCAUCAAACAUUUGAUCGAUAUACCACUUUCAGCAGACGAGCAAAAGCAAAUUUUGCAAGUUGUUGAAUCCAAUGUAGCAGAUUUUCAAGCAAGUUUUGAUAAUUAA